GCCCCGCCGGGUUCGUGGUCUGCGCCGGGAGAUUUCGUGUUUCGAGCUCCGCGCUAAGAGCGGUGGGGGCCGUGGUGCAGAUGCUAGCAGUUCACAUCCCAUCGGUGGGGCCCGAGACCCAGGAGCCCAGGCAGAGCCCUGAAAAAGGCCAUAUGGUGUUCCGAGUGGAGGUGCUGUGCUGCGGGCGCAGACACACGGUGCCGAGGCGCUACAGCGAGUUCCACGCGCUGCACAAGCGGGUGAGGCGGCGCGGACCACCGACCGACCCCAGCCCAGCUCCUGCCCAACCCAUGGGAGGCAGGCAUACAUACGAGCUGGGGCCCCAGCCUCCGCCACCCCCAUUACUGCCCCAGUCCCUGAGGGCAGAUCCUGGGCACAGCUCAAAGGGGCAGAUCCCAGCCUGUCCCUAGCCCUUCCCGCCCUCGGGUGUCUGGGUGUUGAGGCAU